CCUCAAGCCUCCUCUUUAACCUCACCCUGAAAAUUCAGAGAAACUAAGAACAUAACUGAAACUCGAGUUUGGUCAGCACAGAUCUUUUUAUAAAGAUGGUUUCGGUGGAGGAUCCGUUACCUCACUCGAAUUCAACCCGUUUCCCGUUAACAACCGAUUUCUGCGGCUCAUCUUCUCCGUCGGCGGCGAAGAUACACCGUCAAGUCGGCCGGUCGAUGAGGACGGUGAGAUCUAACUUCUACCAAAGCGGCGAUCAAUCUUGCUCUUUCGUCGGCUCCGUCGGCGAUAAAUCGGAGUACGUGUCGGAGUAUCUGUCGGAUUCCCUCAUCGACAUGAGACUCGGCGAGCUCGCGUUGAAGAACAGUAACUCAGUCCACUCAAUCGCUUCCUCAUCGAAAGAAGAAGCCUUUCUCGAUAUUUCUCAGGCGUUUAGUGAUUUCUCCGCGUGCAGCAGUGACAUCUCCGGUGAGCUACACCGUCUCGCUUGCUUGCCGUCUCCGGGAACCGACAGAACGGAGAACGUCGGAGAUAAAGAAGCGCAAGAUCCAGAGCCGUGUCUAGGGUUUCUGGAGAGGGAGAACUUCUCCACGGAGAUUAUAGAGUGUAUCUCCCCGGAAGAUCUGCAGCCGACGGUGAAGCUCUGCAUCGACGGGCUUCGCUCCUCUUCGGUGGCGAUUAAACGAUCCGCCGCGGCGAAGCUGAGGCUCCUGGCGAAGAAUCGAGCUGAUAACCGUGUGUUGAUUGGCGAAUCUGGAGCUAUCCAAGCUCUGAUUCCGCUUCUUCGUUGCAACGAUCCGUGGACGCAGGAGCACGCCGUGACUGCUCUCUUGAACCUCUCUCUCCACGACCAGAACAAAGCUGUGAUCGCCGCGGGAGGAGCUAUCAAGUCUCUCGUGUGGGUUCUCAAGACGGGGACGGAGACUUCGAAGCAGAACGCGGCGUGCGCGUUGCUCAGCCUUGCGCUCGUGGAGGAGAACAAGAACUCGGUCGGAGCUUGCGGCGCGAUUCCGCCGCUUGUUUCUCUGCUGCUGAACGGGUCAUGCAGGGGGAAGAAGGACGCGCUCACGACGCUUUACAAGCUCUGCACGCUUCAUACGGGUUGAAAAAUUGUCCCUAGCCCGUCUUAUGUGAAGCCGCUGGUGGAUCUUGUGGCGGAGGAAGGGACUGGGAUGGCGGAGAAGGCGAUGGUGGUUCUGAGCAGCCUGGCGGCGAUUGAGGAAGGCAGAGAGGCUAUUGUAGAGGAAGGAGGGAUCGCAGCGCUUGUAGAGGCUAUCGAGGAUGGAUCGGUGAAAGGGAAAGAGUUUGCGGUCUUGACGCUGUUGCAGCUUUGUGCUGAUAAUGUCAGGAACCGUGGGUUGCUUGUGAGGGAAGGUGCGAUUCCUCCUCUUGUGGGUCUCUCUCAGAGCGGCGCCGUCAGCGUUAGAGCUAAACGCAAGGCAGAAAGACUACUGGGUUAUCUUAGGGAGCCAAGGAAGGAGGGAAGUUCAUCAUCAAGCCCUUGAAAUUGAUUUGCAUGGGUUCCCUUGAAUGAAACCAUUAUGGACGGUUUUCAGCAGUCUAGUAUUGUAUAUACUGAGUGUAUGUUUGGUGGGUUUUGUAUAGCAUCUUUAUGUAGACUACUGUAAAAGGAAGAUCAAAUUAGUGCCAGAAACUUUGACUACUUUUGAUCUUCCUUGUAUUGAUGUUAAGCUAGUUUUAUAUGUGUGAGAGUGCUAUUUGGAUUACAAGUCUAGCAUUCAGUUUUUCUGUUGGUGUGAGUGGUGAAAUUUGCUGAUUUUUAAGGCAAAAAGCUUCUAGUGUCGGCGCAAAUGCAAUGUUUAAGAGCAAAGCAAUUUUAAUC